AUGCUCGGCAAUACUGAGGACCCCCAGGAGAAGAUACGGGCAGAGAUUCAUGACGCGUUGAUGUCUACACGGCCUGUGUCUGAUCUCAUCCCGCCAUGCUUCUCUAGUUCACCAAACACCUCGACACAACCACCCUCGGACCUCGAACUUGAUCCAAUGUAUCACCAGAUGUGGCUGGUGUCCCAGGAUUCCCAGAUAUCCCAGACAUCCCAGACAUCUCAGGCAUACAGUAGCCUCGGAUCCGCCCGAUCCCAGAGCUCCCGGCGGCCGAGUGACUCUGCCUGGAUGUCUCUCAACCAGCAAUCCUCCGACUGGAAGAGCCCGCAAAGAUCACUUUCCCCAUUUUCUGUCGAUCAACAAAUGAUCAACACAUCCAACUACCAGCUGACUUCAGCGAACCUGCUCCAAAUCUACCACGACGUGCUAGAGCAUAAUCUAUCGUGUUGGCUAAGCGACAUGACUUGUCCCUACCAAGCGGGGUCACGAAAUACUACUCGUAUUGUACCUGAAUGGGGCUCCUCGCGGUCAAAUAUGAUAUACCAGCGCACGAUCAGGCUUGAUCGCGUCGCACAAUCUUGCAAUCUUCUACAGCUGACGCGCGCCGAGGACCAGGCCGCGUCCAGGGCUCUGCACCUUACGAUCAUGGCGUUUGCUACGCAGUGGGCACAGGGCAGUCAUCGGCAACGCGAGAAAUAUCCGACCAGGUCUCUCGAUGAUGGCGAGGACGAAGUCGACAAAGGCAUCGCCGACGAGUUCGACCGCCUUCUCCAGCACCACUUUUGGGAUCAAGCGCAGCGCGCACUCCAACAAGUCGCCGAUUUGGAGUCAUAUAGAGUGGCAUGUGCGGAGCUGAUCUUCGGCUUGACACAAAAGCCAUGGAAUCCCAGAAAUCGGUCUCCUGGACAGGAGAUGCAAGAACAAGGCAGGGAGUUUGCCACAGAAUCGGUGUUGACAAGGUUACAUGAUAUAAUAAACAAAGAAGGGCCACCAAUAUACAUGGAGAGAGCAGCUCGAAAAAUGCACGCACUAAAGUAUCGCUGCGACGCGCUCGAAAAGGGCCUCGUCAAGCAGUGCGGCAGUCGCGAGAAGGGCGCCCACGGCAUUGAGGCUAUGAGUGCCGAAGAUCGAGGGACAAUUGGUCUACUUUACUGGAUGGCUAUCAUGUGUGACACCCUCUCCUCGUCCAUGAACGAACGGCCCGUCGUGGUAGUGGAUCAGGACUGCGAUCACGAAGGGCAAAAAGAUAUCCAGCAACCCGGGAAUAUUGACAGAUCUGUUGGAAGAAGUCGGUGGAACCUCGAUCUCUUUUUGCAAGGAAACCUCAAGCAGACGCAUCGAGCGCAUUGGCCCUGUUCCUAUGAGGCUGCCGCUGAGGACGUCACCAAGUCAGCGCCAGUCAAGGUUCUUCUGUUCCGCCACCUGUCUUACCUACAAAACGCCGUUCGCAAGAGUGCUCCUGAAGAGCAGAUCGAAGACAUUAUCCGCAUGACGAUGUUGCUAUAUCAAUACUGGAACAGAACGCAUGGCGCCUUUUUCGGCGAACUCGUGGAAAAAUACAGUGCGGUUCCACAGCGCAUACAGGGCUGGUUUCUCUGUAUCUCUGCACACUGGCACCUCGCCGCUCUGAUGCUUGCCGAUCUACUAGAAUUCAUUGACGAGAACGCCCUAGGUAUGGAGGAUGUAGCCCGGACUCGUAUCACCGGUCAAGUGGCUAGGGAAAUUAGGAUGCAUAGUUCCAGGGAGCUAUCGGCUCUGGCAAGAGUCGGCACGCCGCCCACCAUAAAUGGUGAUUACCUGGCCGUGCCGCAGAUGUCGGACUUUCACCACGCUGUCAACGAGGGUGCGCUCUUGACAGACCCAUGGACAAUGAUUUUGAUCAGGGCAUUUACCAAAGCUUGCAUGGUCUUUCUAGGUGAAACAGAUGAGUCCUUGCGCGACGGUGGAACUAUUCUCGGGCACAAUGGUCAUAAUUUCGAGGAGAGUAUAGAGCAGGCUGAGGACUGUAUGAAGGGGCUGUGGCUACUGGGUAAAAAGUCGGAUAUGGCACGGGAAAUUGCGGAUAUACUUUUACUCGCGUUAAGAGAAUUGCGGACGGGGCGUGUUGUAUAG